AUGGCAGACCCACAGAAACAGAUGCAAGCUCUGUCGGAGGAAUACCAGACUCUCCAGACCGAGCUUGACGGCCUUGUCGAUGCGCGCCAAAAACUCGAAUCUCAACAGCAGGAGAACAAGAGCGUCCAGACGGAGUUCACAUCCCUCGACGAUGACACCAAUAUCUUCAAGUUCAUCGGGCCGGUACUGUUGAAACAAGAUAAGAGCGAGGCAUUGAUGGCCGUUAAUGGACGUCUAGAGUUCAUUGAAAAAGAGAUUAAACGGAUCGAGGGCCAAAUAACCGAGAACGAAGAAAAGACUGAUAAGAAGCGGUCAGAUAUGAUUCAAUUCCAAAGCCAAAUCCAGCAACAGGCUGCCGCCGCCUCUGCGUCUGCGUGA